AUGUUGGAGUCGCUGCAGCCGGCUGCAAAUGCUGUUUCCUUCAUUUUCUGGGCGCUCUCCACUUUUUCGACGUGCGUGCGCGUAUACUGGCGAGGAUGGAUCAUCAAAGCUUUUGGGAUGGAUGAUUGGUGGAUGGUUAUAGUGAUGCACAACAAGGAAUAUUCUGUGCGUUUCUUCACUAUGGAGGCGGACUUGCCAUUGGAAGCUUUUUGGGACAGCGCGACAUACCCAGAGGCCAAGUGCCUAUCAACAUCCGUAACCUACUACGUGCCUGCCGCGCUUUCCAUCAUGAUGGACUCUAUCAUCCUCUUCUCCCCUAUCCGCCCCCUAUGGAAGAUCCAAGCAAGCGUCACCCGCCGACUGGGUAUUAUUGCCACUAUCACCGUUGCCGGUAUCGCGGUCAUUGUUUCCUGCCUUCGCAUCAUCGUCCUUCACCAGUUCGCAUUCCACCCAGACUUUACGUACGUCCUCGGCGAAAUGGUCAUUAUCUCUGCCGUCGAACUCAACAGCGCCAUUGUGGCUUCAAAGCUCCCGACCUUCAAGGCUGUCUGGCGAAAGCACGUUACCGGGACGCUGGCGUCGCGGACAACCUCACACAACCUGUCCUCGCUCGACAAGAGAGGGCACUUAGAGGGUAGUGUUGGGCUGACGGUCAUCUACCAGAGGAGCGAGCGGGGGUCAGACCAGGAAUUUCCGGAUUCUUCGUCGACAAAUAACUUGGUUGCGAGGCCGGGAAGUGAUAAGUGGGUUGAUUGUGAGAUGGCUCGGAAGGGGGACCGAUAA